GGCCGCCUUGUCCCCAGAGAUCAAAUUGAUAUGAGCAUGGUUCGAGGGUGGCUGCACAAAUGCGAGGCCGAACACGGCGCUGCAUGUAAUGCGGCAUACCUGGGCCGAGACUUGCUGGCGAGUGGACAGCUAAUUCUCGUCGACGUGGUCGACAACUGCCUGACACGCUCGACCCCGGGGACGAGGUACCUCACACUCAGCUACGUGUGGGGCCAAGUUGCACAGCUCAGACUGCUCACCUCUAAUACAUCGAGGCUGUUUACUCCUGGUGGACUCUCCCGGGAACCAAUCUCUACCCCCAAGACGAUCCGCGACGCGCUCCAAGUUGUCCGGCAAAUCGGCGAGCGAUACAUCUGGAUCGACGCGCUCUGCAUUGUUCAGGACAGCGCCGAGGACGUGCAAAGGCAGCUGCCGCGCAUGGGUUCCAUCUACGGCGAGUCACUGGCAACCCUCAUCGCAGUGGACGGGACAAACGCGGACGAAGACCUGCCGGGCGUCCGCCCCUCCACCAGAAAACCCAUGCUCUAUCACCGGUGGACGGAUCUUGGAAUAGAUAUCGCACACAGGCCGACGUUCCGGCAGACAAUCGAGCGCUCGCGCUACAACACGCGCGGGUGGACG